AAGUCGUUUCCAUGUCAAACCUAUAUGUAAUGUAAUAAGCUCAUAAACACAUAUCACACCAAAAUCCUUGGAGAUAACACCUUAUAGUAUUACUCAGUCUUGUGAUCGAGAGACAAUGAAUGCGUUAGUGAUUGCAUUGGGCAGCGUCGCCGUCGUAUUGCUUCUCGCCGGUGGUGCUCCCACGGUGGUCCAAGCCUGUCCACCCUCCGACCGAGCGGCGCUUCUCAAAUUCCGAUCAAACCUCAACGAGCCAUACAUCGGCGUUUUCAACUCGUGGAAAGGCCAAGACUGCUGCAGCGGCUGGUACGGCGUGAGCUGCGACCCCACAAACCGCCGAGUCUCCGCCAUCACCCUCCGCGGAAUCUCCGAGGAGCCUAUUUUCCAGCGCGCGAAGCGGAAAGGCGUCAUGACCGGCUCCAUCUCCCCGGCGAUCUGCGAGCUCACCCAGCUCUCCGGCAUCACCCUCUCCGACUGGGACGGAAUCUCCGGCGCGAUCCCGAGCUGCAUCACCAACCUCCUCGCCAUGAGACACAUAGAUCUCGUCGGAAACAGAAUCUCCGGCGCGAUUCCGGCGAACAUCGGGAACCUCCUGAAGCUGACGGUGCUGAGCCUCUCCGAUAACCAGAUCUCCGGCGCGAUUCCGCCGUCGAUCACGAGGCUGGCGAGCUUAUCGCAUCUCGAUCUCAGGAACAACGGAUUAACCGGAGUCAUACCGGGAGAUAUCGGGCGGUUAAAGAUGAUGAGCCGCGCGCUACUAAGCGGUAACAAACUCUCGGGUCAAAUACCCGAGUCUCUGACCCGGAUCUACCGGCUCGCGGAUCUCGAGCUCUCCAUGAACAGAAUCACCGGCCCGAUCCCGGCUUCGUUCGGGAGAAUGGCGGUGCUCGCGACGCUUAAUCUCGACGGGAACUUGAUCUCCGGCGAGAUUCCGGGGACUCUGAUGACGUCCUCGAUCUCGAAUUUGAAUUUGAGCGGGAACCUACUCGGCGGGAAGAUACCGGACACGUUCGGGGCGAGGUCGUACUUCACGGUGCUGGAUCUCUCGAACAACCAUUUGCAGGGAGCGAUCCCGGAGAGUAUCACAACGGCGUCGUAUGUUGGGCAUUUGGACGUGAGUCAUAACCAACUGUGUGGGAAGAUUCCGGCGGGAUCGCCUUUCGAUCAUCUUGAUGCGACGUCGUUUGGUUAUAAUAGAUGUUUAUGUGGAACGCCUCUUGGGGACUGUGGGAAAUAGUGUUAACUAAUCAUUAAGAAUAUAUUGGGGGAAAUCAAAGCUUGAUACAGUUAUUAUGAAUGUAUGAUGUAGUGUAACUACUAGCCGUUUGAAAGGGGCAAAGGAAAUAUAUAUUCCCAUUUGGUGUUUUC